AAACACUGAAGUAGUAAGAGAAAGAUGGCCAGAGCUAGAAUAAUCCUAGCGCUGCUCUACACAUUAAUCUUUGCUGCUUAUGUUAUACAAGGAUCCAGGACUCAAGUAGCAGCACUCCAAAACCACCAAAGAGUCUAUGGUUCCUUUCCUUCAAAAGAAGGGCAGCUUAAGCAGGGCAGUGAGGAAAAGAAGAAAUCUCCAAGGAGAUUGAUGAUUGGAUCCACAGCACCAACAUGCACUUAUAAUGAAUGCCGAGGAUGCAAGUACAAGUGCAGAGCUGAGCAAGUUCCAGUAGAAGGAAAUGACCCAAUCAAUAGUGCUUACCACUACAGAUGUGUUUGUCAUAGGUAAACAACCACAUUUAUUAUGAGAGUUUCAGCUGA